AUGGACGCCUCAACACCGCGACAUCCUGAUCGCUUCAAAAUGGCGACAGGGGACCCUAUUCCUUCUUCUUCGCCUGCAUUUGGCACACCAGCACGUCCAUUUCGAAUACCCAAGGGAAAUGCGCCUCCCUCCAAAACCUCCAUUUUACCAAUCUUACUCCCUCCAUCAACCCUACGCCCAGUAGCCUUUCGAACCUUCACUCGCAAACAUAACCUCACAAUAUCAUCAUCUGCGCUUCAAACACUAGCAGUGUUUGUGGGCAAGAACUGUGGCUCGGGAUGGCGCGAGGAAGGCUUAGCAGAGCGAGUUCUGGAUGAGGUUGCCAAGAUAUGGAAAAGAGCCGGCGGAGGCGUAAUUGUUGAGGAAGGGAAAGGGGCUUCCCUAAAGACAAUACUGCAAACCCUCGAGGGUAGUAUGAGUGGUGGAAGGGUUGUUGUUGGGAAAACGACUUCCCAAGAUGGUUCCUUGAAGGCAUCCACCCUGGGUGUAGACGAUGGGCGGGUUGAAACAGCGGGUGAUACCUCUAAACAAGGGACUGCCGAGGAAGACGACACACAGCUGUCACUUCACCCAAGGCAUUGGCUCAAGGUGAUUGACGCUUUUGAUCUUCCGCGCUUGACGUAUAACGUCGACAAGAAAUACUUCGAAGCCAUGAAGUCAAAGCCAUCCUUGUUUCCAUCACCAUCUUACAAAACUGCACUAUUCCGAGACCGAUACAAUCUUGUGUAUCAGCGAUUGCUCCGCAAUGAAUCUUUUCAAAGUUCAUUGGGUGUCGCGGGUGUUCCUUCAUUGCAACGUUCAUCGUCCAAUAUUGCCCACCGACAAUCCUAUAAACUGACGCCAAUCGCAAAUUUGCUCGGCAGAAGUGGAACCUCGCAUCUACUAUUAGGAUUGCUUGCAAUUUCCCCCACCGGAGACUUAUCCCUGGUGGACUUGACUGGAAGUGUAGCAUUGGACUUGAGCCAUGCCCGAAUGAUACCCGAAGAUGGCGCGUGGUUUGCGCCAGGCAUGAUUGUGCUUGUCGAUGGCAUAUAUGAAGAGGAAGAGAUGGUAAAAGGUGCUGCGUUGGGAGGAAAUACAGGAAUCGGAGGUGCAAUCGGAGGCCAGUUUGUCGGUAUAUCAAUUUGCGGACCUCCCUGUGAGCGACGUGAUAUCUCGUUAGGAACAAGCAACCGCCACGGCAGCGGACAGCUGAGCUCUAGUGGUGGAUUUGGAUGGGUUGACUUUCUCGGAUUGGGAAGUGAACGUGCCCAGGGUGCACGGAUGAGAAGAAUUCAGGAAAAAUGCCUACGGGGGACCAGGAUGCACCAGAAACAACCAGGCUCAAAGUCGCUAUCAUAA